GAGCUCUUCCUGGCGGGAUGAAAGUCGGCAGAUAAAAUAUUAGCAUCAGGUCGCAGCAUCCCUUCCUCCGUGGCCAAACUCGCAUUACGACGAUGAGGAGCUGAGCCGCGAUGCCUGGCCGGUGAUGCAAGGCUCGAUUUUUCCAGCACGCUUUUCCCUCGGGCUCCAGGCUCUCCCGCUGGUGCAGCUCUGGGUGGUUGGGCUGUGGAGCUCCGCCGGCCUCCAGCCGCUCAGGAUCCGGCCCUGGCAGCUGUGCACUUGCAGUCACAGUUGGAGCAGGGCGUUCUUGGUGUCCCAUCUCCGUCCUCCUCUCCCACCCUCGCCGAAGCCCGGCUCCUCGCCCGGAGGAAGGGUGCGCGCUGUGGGCAUCUCCCAUCCACCAAAAUCUAUGAUCAGCUCGGUGUGUGUCUCCUCCUACCGUGGACGCAAGUCUGGGAACAAACCACCCUCCAAAACAUGCCUGAAGGAAGAGAUGGGCAAAGGGGAAGAGUCGGACAAGAUCACCAUCAACGUGGGCGGCACCCGGCAUGAGACCUACAAGAGCACGCUGCGGACUCUGCCGGGCACGCGCCUGGCCUGGCUGGCCGACCCCGACGCCCAGAGCAACUUUGACUUUGACGGUAAAAGCAACGAGUUCUUCUUCGACCGCCACCCGGGGAUCUUCUCCUACGUGCUCAACUACUACCGCACCGGGAAGCUGCACUGCCCCGCGGACAUCUGCGGGCCGCUCUUCGAGGAGGAGCUGACCUACUGGGGCAUCGACGAGACCGACGUGGAGCCGUGCUGCUGGAUGACCUACCGCCAGCACCGCGACGCCGAGGAGGCCCUGGACAUCUUCGAGAGUCCCGAGCCGGGCGGAGGGGCUGCUGGAGAGGAGCCUGAAGAGGAAGGGGGUAGGGAGAUGGCCCUUCAGCGCCUGGGCAUGGAUGACAGGCCCCCCGGGGCGGCGGGGGCUGCCGGAGGGGGCGGCUGCUGCCGGAACUGGCAGCCCAAGAUGUGGGCGCUCUUUGAGGAUCCCUACUCGUCCAAAGCGGCCAGGGUGGUCGCUUUCGCCUCGCUUUUCUUCAUCCUGGUCUCCAUCACGACCUUCUGCCUGGAGACACACGAGGCCUUCAACAUCGACGUCAACGUGACGGAGACCCUGGUGGUCGGCAACACCACGACGGUGCUGCUGACACACAAAGUGGAGACGGAGCCCAUCCUCACCUACAUCGAAGGGGUCUGCGUGCUGUGGUUCACCCUCGAGUUCCUGGUCCGCAUCAUCUGCUGCCCAGACAAGCUUCUCUUCAUUAAAAACCUGCUCAACAUCAUUGACUUCGUGGCCAUCCUGCCCUUCUACCUGGAGGUGGGUCUCAGCGGCCUGUCCUCCAAGGCCGCCCGGGACGUGCUGGGCUUCCUGCGCGUGGUGCGCUUCGUCCGCAUCCUGCGCAUCUUCAAGCUGACGCGGCACUUUGUGGGUCUCCGGGUGCUGGGCCACACGCUCCGGGCCAGCACCAACGAAUUCCUGCUCCUCAUCAUCUUCCUCGCCUUGGGGGUCUUGAUUUUCGCCACCAUGAUCUACUACGCCGAGCGGAUCGGAGCCAAGACGUCCGACCCCACCGGCAGCGACCACACUCACUUUAAGAACAUCCCCAUCGGGUUCUGGUGGGCCGUGGUCACGAUGACGACGCUGGGCUAUGGUGACAUGUACCCCAAGACCUGGUCGGGGAUGGUGGUGGGCGCCCUGUGCGCCCUGGCCGGGGUGCUGACCAUCGCCAUGCCCGUGCCCGUCAUCGUCAAUAACUUUGGGAUGUACUAUUCAUUGGCCAUGGCCAAGCAGAAGCUGCCAAAGAAGAAGAAAAAGCAUAUACCCCGUCCGGCCCCGCUGGACUCCCCCACCUACGGCAAAUCCGAGGAAAACUCCCCCCGGAACAGCACCCAGAGCGACACCUGCCCGCUGGCAGUAGAGGAGGGGGCGACCGAGAGGAAACGGUCAGACUCCAAGCAGAACGGUGAGGCCAACGUGGUGCUGUCGGACGAGGAGCAGCCGCUGUCCCCGACGGACGAGGAGAAGCGGCCGAUGCGGCGCUCCAGCACCCGGGACAGGGACAAGAACAAGAAAUCCUCCACGUGCUUCCUGCUGGCCACGGGGGACUUCUCCUGUGCAGCGGACGGAGGCAUCCAGAAAGGCUGGGAAGCUGCUUUCCAAGGCAGGUCCCUGGAGGCCGCGGGCAGCAGGUCUCGAGCUAACACACAAAAUGGCUUUGAACGGGGAGGAGGAGAUGGGAGUUAAAAGCCAAGUCGUGCCCUUGAUUCCUGCCAGGACACCCUCGCUUCCAGUUACCCCCAGGGUGAGGUGGUCACCUUCUCCUGAGCCGCCGCUGGAUGCAGGCAGCGCCCUGGCGCGGGAUGCCCUCCCCAAGGGCCGCCUCCUCCCAGGGACAGGGAUGUGUAUCCCGAGGGAUGCUCUCCCCGGGGCCAAGGGAUGCUCUUCCCGAGGGAGAUGCUCUCCCCAGGGCUGAGGGAUGCCCUCCCCAAAGCCCAGCGAUGCUCCCCCCAAGGCUGGGACACGCAUUCCUCCAGGGAUGCUCCCCCAAGGCCGAGGGGUGCUCUUCCCAAGGAGCUUUCUGUCCCCAGAGCUCCAGCUCCAUCCCCGGGGGGCGGUUUGGCAGCUGGGUCCCCCCGAGAGGUGCCGCAGAGCAGCGGGGCCGGGAGGGAGGCUGGGGACAGCCCCAUUCCCCUUCCUGGUGCCAGCCCCGCUGCCCCAGCGCCCCCGGGCUGCCCCCUCCCCUCGCCCACGCUUCUGGCCGCACCUCGCCCUCCACCUCCGGAGAUCCAGCUGCUCACCAGGACACCCCGCCCGUGCUCGGACCCCUCCAUCGUCACGCUGGGAACCCUUCUCCCGGGUGCCAAAGGCUCCUCCCCAGGUGCCACCAUCGCCCCCUCCCACGGGCGCUGCUCCCACGGGCACGGGGGGGACGAGCGGGGCGGCCGGGGCGCGGGGCCGGGGAUGGGGAGCAAUAGGAGACCGAGGUGUGGGGGUCCCGGCUGGCCUGGAGGGGUCAGGGUCCUCCUCACGCUGCUCCGUAUCUCUGUGACCAAGGCAAUACCCGCCGUGUCUCCGUGUGUCCUGUUCGCAUGCCUGUCCAACGCGUAGAGUUCCAAUAAAGACACCCACGAGCCGGGUCAG